UUCGGAGAAGGGAAUGUUACUUCACGUAGUAGAUAGACGCUAUAAUUGUGAUAACAUUUAGAGGCAUCUGCAGGGCACAAGGGGACAAGAAAUAACAUUGUUUUAUAAAAUGUAUGGUUUUGUGAAUCAUGCCUUGGAACUUUUGAUAUUAAGAAAUUACGGCGCUGAAGUAUGGGAAGAUAUCAAAAAGGAAGCACAGCUGGAUGUGGAAGGACAGUUUCUGGUCAGAAUAAUUUACGAUGACACCAAAACAUAUGACCUAGUUGCUGCAGCAAGUAAAAUCCUCAAGAUAAAUGCCGGUGAGAUUCUACAAAUGUUUGGGAAAAUGUUUUUUGAGUUUUGCCAGGAGUCUGGUUAUGAUACAAUCCUGCGUGUUUUAGGAUCAAAUGUUCGGGAAUUCUUGCAGAACCUUGAUGCUCUACAUGACCACUUGGGUACCAUCUAUCCUGGAAUGCGGGCACCAUCCUUUCGAUGCACAGAUGCAGAAAAAGGAAAUAACCUCAUUUUGCACUAUUACUCUGAACGAGAAGGACUGCAAGAUAUAGUUAUCGGGAUCAUCAAAACAGUGGCCCAGCAGAUCCAUGGAACUGAAAUAGAAAUGAAGGUUAUACAACAGAAGAGUGAGGAGUGUGAUCAUAUUAAAUUCCUUAUUGAGGAGAAAGACUCAGAAGAGGAGGCGUUUUAUGAAGACCUGGAUGGGUUUGAGGAGAAUGGUACACAGGAAACCAGAAUCAGUCCGUAUACUUUCUGCAAGGCGUUUCCCUUCCACAUCAUGUUUGACAGAAACCUUGAACUGACUCAGUGUGGCAAUGCUAUCUUCCGUGUGCUUCCACAGCUCCAGCCUGGAGACUGCAACCUGGUUUCAGUUUUCUCACUGGUCCGCCCACACAUCGACUUCAGUUUCCAUGGAAUCCUAUCACACAUCAACACUGUGUUCGUUCUGAGAAGCAAGGAGGGUUUGCUGAAUGUAGAAAAGUCAGAGUGUGAAGAUGAGUUGACUGGUGCUGAAAUCAGCUGCUUGCGGCUCAAGGGCCAGAUGAUCUACCUGCCUGAAGCUGACAACAUCCUCUUACUUUGUUCCCCCAGUGUGAUGAAUCUUGAUGACCUGACUAGACGAGGACUGUAUCUGAGUGACAUCCCGUUACACGAUGCCACACGCGAUCUCGUCCUCUUAGGGGAGCAGUUCAGGGAAGAGUACAAGCUGACCCAGGAGCUCGAAAUCCUGACUGAUAGACUGCAGCACACUCUCAGAGCACUGGAGGAUGAAAAGAAGAAGACAGACAGGCUGCUGUAUUCAGUUCUUCCACCUUCUGUGGCCAAUGAGCUGAGACACAAACGUCCUGUUCCAGCAAAGCGAUAUGACAAUGUGACAAUCCUCUUCAGUGGCAUUGUGGGAUUCAACGCCUUCUGCAGCAAGCAUGCCUCAGCAGAGGGAGCCAUUACAAUUGUCAACCUCUUAAAUGACCUUUACACAAGGUUUGACAUUCUGACAGAUUCACGAAAGAAUCCCUAUGUUUACAAGGUGGAGACUGUGGGGGACAAGUACAUGACUGUGAGUGGUCUACCAGAGCCAUGCACCCAUCACGCUCAAUCCAUCUGCCACCUGGCCCUGGACAUGAUGGAGAUAGCGGGGCAGGUUAAGGUUGACCGUGAGCCAGUACAGAUCACUAUCGGUAUACACACUGGAGAAGUGGUUACUGGUGUGAUUGGGCAAAGGAUGCCUCGUUACUGUCUGUUUGGAAAUACUGUCAACCUCACAAGCAGAACAGAAACCACGGGAGAAAAAGGGAAGAUCAAUGUUUCAGAAUAUACUUACAGGUGUUUGUUGUCAGCAGAGAAUACAGACCCCCAGUUCCAUCUGGAAUACAAAGGGCCAGUGGCAAUGAAGGGCAAAAAGGAACCAAUGAAAGUCUGGUUUUUAUCCAGAAAGCGCCCAGAAACAGAAGUGUGACUCAGUGAGCACUACGUGUCACUUUAAGCAGGGCCGUAAAAGCAAGUAAAUUACAGUUUAGAAAAUUCCACAGCCAAAUUAUUUGUAAAUCUAUUUAAUGAAACGUACAGAAUAUACGAGGAAGAGUAUGUGUAGGGUCAGGUGAGGUAAAGUAGGAAAGUUUAGUUCAAAUCCUAUUAUGUUCAUAUGAAGGAAAUUGGGUAAAUUAAAGGACAUGCUGAAUUGAGGACUAAGGGAACAUUGCCAAUAACCUUUUCUGCAUAUGCCACUAGCACACUUGUUCUGUGUUGUUCUAAAACAUAAUUAAAUUUCCUGAUAAUACAUGAAAACUAUGAACAUGUGCCAUGUUUAAGAUUUUACAAUAGAUUUAUUAUUUUUCUUGUUACAGUUACUAGUUACAAUGAGGUACAACUAACCUAUUUAUUUCAUUUUGCCAAAACAAAUGUUCCAUUAGUAUAGCUGCACUUUUGAUAAUCACUGUCAUAACUUUAUGUAGAGUUGUAUUUACUGUUUAUGUUUUGUGUAUGCUGAGAAAACAUCAAAGGAUGCAAAGUAAUCAGAAAUAUGUAAACACUGCACACCAGCUUUUACUUUGUAUCUUUUACACAUUUAUUUUAGUCAACAUGAUGAAGGGGCCUAUUUUAAUAAUCUAAAUUGCAACAGUUUUGAUUAUGCCUGCUGUCAUCAAAUAGCAUGAUGUUUUGAAAGGGUUCUCCUGUAAAAAUGUAUAUUUGUUAUGAAUUUUUGAAGGAUGUAGUCCAUAUAUUUAAAAAAAAAACACAUUUUACAUAAAUACUUAGGCCUGGAUUUAUUCAAAUUUAUGGCAGUACAUAGCCAUUCUAAGUUUUGCUGUUGCUCUUUUACUUCAGGCCUCAUUUUGCAAUGUCGGCUUUUGCCGCCAAGAGAGAUAUUCUGUACCACUGUUGUUUAGAUCAUAAAAAUAAACCACAACAUUCAUGCUGUAUGUGCCAAGUACUUUACAGUAUGUAAUGUGAAGUAGAUUUCUGAUGCCAUUUAAUUAUGUUUGAAACUCUUGUUUUUAACUGGUACUUUUAUUGUCUGAAUUCUGUGAUGCCGCGAGACGCUUUGUGCGUUUGAGCUGUGUAAUGGUGUAACCUUAUGUAAAUUUAACACAAACGUCUGUUGCCAAAAUGAAUCUGUAAAAUUACUUUAUUUAUAAUUGUUAACUUUACUUGCAGUUGUUUGUAUAUUUAACAGAGAAUCUAAAUUACCACACAGAAAUAAAU